UUUCUUUAACCGUAAAUCUAAGAUGGCGACCGAUACAGGCGAUAUGAGUGUGCGAGGCAUGUAAGGCAAGGCAGAGACAGACGUCUCGUUGUGGAGACCCUGUUUGGAUUGACUUUUCAGCGCCGUCGCACUCGCUGCCAACUGCGGGACCGAGCGCCAUCACAGUUUCAAGCAUGAUGGACGACCACAGCAUUAAUUUAAGCGAUGACGAGGAGGAUUUCGAGCACCCGACCAGUCCCCACGAACUGCAAGGAACUUUGUGCAAAUGGACUAACUACAUUCACGGCUGGCAGGACCGAUUCAUCGUGCUCAAGGAUGGCACCCUGUCCUACUACAAGUCCGAAAAUGACACUGCUUUCGGGUGCCGUGGCGCGAUCAGCAUUUACAAGGCUACGGUCAAGCCACACGAGUUUGACGAGUGCCGUUUCGACGUCAGCGUUAACGACUGCGUGUGGUACCUACGAGCAGAUGGACCUGAGGAGAGAAAUCGGUGGGUCGAGGCUUUGGAUGCCUACAAGGUUGACUCUGCAUACGGAAGUGAGAACAGCCUAAGACGCCACGGCUCGGCACUCUCCCUGGGCUCAACGAGCGUGUCUUCCUUGAAGAAAGGCCGGGGUCCUCGAGAGAAGCUGCUCGAAAUGGAGACAUUUCGAGACAUUCUGUGUCGUCAAGUUGACACCCUUCAAGCAUACUUCGAUGCCUGUGCUGCCGAAGAACAGAAUGGCCACGAUGGCAGCCCAACGAUGAAGGAUGGACUAGGCGAAGACACAGCAUCAAAAACUCUGGAGAUCUUGGCAUCUCGAUUUAAAGAGAGCGGUGACCGGCGACGGUCACCCGCUGCCCCAGGGAUGCUUCCACCGGUCGACUUUCGUGGGGAAGCCAUCACGUUCAAGGCCACCACUGCAGGCAUCCUAGCCACUCUGUCUCACUGCAUCGACCUGAUGGCGCAGCGGGAGGAAGCCUGGAAACGAAAACUCGAACGAGAGGUGGACAAGCGCAAGAAGAUGGAGGAAGCCUACAAGCAAGCCAUGUCCGAGGCCAGGUCACAGCCACCGGCUGUGCUCGGAGGCCCCGAUUACGAGGAGGGACCACACAGCAUGAUUAAUGAAGACGAGUUCUUUGAUGCCAUUGAUGCUGCACUGGACAGAAAUGAGCAGCAGGAGGAGGAACGGCGUCAAAUAAAGAACAGGGUACGAGAAAUGCUGCGACCAGCCUCCGCAGCAUCUCAGCAUCCUCUCUGGAAUGAGGUGGAGGAUAUUACAAUGGAACAGCUGCGCUACGCCAAGAUGGGUGUUGGUGAGGGCGGCUGGCAACUGUUUGCCGAAGACGGCGAGAUGAAGAUGUACCGGAGAGAAGUGGAAGAGGGCGGCAUCGUGUGCGACCCCCUCAAGGCAGUGCACGUGGUACGCGGCGUCACAGGGCGCGAGGUCUGCCACUAUUUCUACAACCCCGAAGUGCGCUUUGACUGGGAGACAACCUUGGAGAGCAUGGAAGUGCUCGAGGUGCUAGAACCUAUGACCGUCAUAGUGCACCAGAUCCACAAGCGGGUGUGGCCGGCCACCCAGCGCGAUGCCCUCUUCUGGUCGCACAUGGCACGGGCACCCAACGAAGAGGAUCCCGACGCCCACGAUGUCUGGAUCGUCUGCAACAACUCAUGCGACACCCCUCACGUGCCUCUUGGAAAGUGCGUGCGUGUGCGGCUGACUGUGUGCCUGAUGUGCCAGACGUUUGUGGACCCGCCGCAGCCAAACACCAACAUCACUCGGGACAACCUCUCGUGCAAAAUCACCUAUUGCUCAACCAUCAACCCUGGUGGCUGGGCGCCCGCCUCAGUGCUGCGUGCUGUCUACAAGCGGGAGUACCCCAAGUUCCUCAAGCGGUUCACGCAGUACGUCAAGGACCAGACAGAGUCCAAGGAGAUCAUGUUCUGAGACUGCCCUUUCGCACUUCCGGCCAGAGCCUGCAUCCUUCGAUCGAUGCAAAGCAAGGUCUCUUCUUUGAAAGGAGUGCAGACGACCAAAGCAGUCUGUGUUCACAAAUUUGAGACGUUGGGGGUGACGGACAAGAGGGACUCACUACAAAAUAAGUGAUAAUACACAAAGGUGUCUACAACAGCAGACUCAAGAAAUAUGCGAGUGAUGCAGGUAUUUACAGGAAAACGAAAAAAAAAGCAAAGGGAGCGAAAAACCUGAAGAAAGAAUGAAAGAAAAAAGCCUAACUUCUGAAGUGAUUGGGGCGUGGUGGGGCAUUUGUUACGGGUGCCCGUGGUCAUGUUUGUGCAGACAUGUGUGGCUAAGCUAGGCUUUGUCAUUGUGAGAAGGUCAAAAACUGUAUCUUAAAAAAAAAAAAGAAAAAGCAGGGUUCCAAUUCAUAGUGGCAAAAGCUAUAUGACUCCAUUUUAUACAAAAGCACCGCGAGAGCCUGAUACGCAAACAUUUAUAGCUUUCUUAUACGUUUCUUUUUUUUUUUUUUCCACCAUUGUACAUUACAGUGAAAUUCCGAUUGUUGCAUUUGCGUGGUUAAGAACACACCACUUCAAACAUUGGGCGGGGAUAAGGGGAAGAGUGUAUAGGAACAGCCCUUCUGGAAUUUUACAACGACCCACUUUGAAGUUCGCACUUGUUCCAAGUCGCACAGGGUGCUAGGCACUUAACUUUAGUUAUCGCCACAUUACUGUUUCCUUCCUUCUUUCCUUUCCCCUUCCUCCUGAGAUUCAUAAGGUCUGCGUUUAUUGUACUACAAGAAAGAGAAAGCAUUUCAAAAGCGCGGAAAUUUUUUUUACAGCCUAAUAACACUGCCGUUUCCUGUUAGUAAAUGUGAAGGAAAGAGAGCAUUAGUUGUGAAAGGCUUUUGUAUGCCACCGAGCAAUGUUCACGCGUAAGCAGAGACGUUAGCGUGCAGUCAAGGAAAAAAAAACGGCAGGGGCUCGUGCUAGGUUUUAAACGGUGCCAACUUUCAUGCGGCACGUGUGUCGUUCGUCUUUGUAAUCUUUGCACUUUUUUUUAACAGACGACUGGGUCAAAUGAAAGAGUCUCAUGGCUCCUCGGCUUUAGCUUAAAUCUACAGCAUAUUCCUGCGUGGAGCAGAUUUUUGUGGGAGUCAACGGCUGCGAAAGAGUGCAACUUUAGAUGCAGAGUUGUGCGAGGCAACCGUCACGGGAGCCAAUAAGUUUAAGAGUUAUAUAAGUGACUAAAUGGGACAUAACGUUCUGCUUUUUGUCGUGUGUUGUCGGUUGGGCCGUCUACCAGAAGUAUUCCAAACCACUUUUUUAAAUGUGGCUGCAAGAGCCACAGGCGUUGCAACUAAGCUUGUCUUGUAGAGGCAGUGGGCCCCGUUCAUUAUCGCGCCUUUUUUUUUUAAACGAGCAGAUCUUUUAAGGAGAUGAUUGGUGCUACGGCAGUACACUUGCAGCCGGUCUGUGGUGCAGUAAAAAAAAAUAAGGAUGACUUACGUAACGCCUCGCCUUAACUUUUUUUUUUUUUUUGUCUACACCAAGUCUGUGUUAUUUUUUGUCAUGUCGUUUACACCUUUUUGUAUCGCGUGUGUGCUGGCACAGAUGCACCGUUCCUUUCACGGUUUUUCAAUUUUUACGACCCAUUUUUAAAAACUGCAGCAUCUAGUCACCACUACUUCAUCCGUAGCAUGAUUUUAGGUAAUGUACUCAAAACCAAUCAAAGUGGUCUACACGUUUUAUUGUAUUUUUUUUUUUUGAGCCAGUCAGUCUUGUUCUUUUUUUUUUUCUAAGUCCUGGCCUCAAACUAGCCACUGUCUCUAGGUUCUCGCAUGGUCUUUCUUUUUUUUAGCUUAUUCUAUAAACAGUGCACCGAUGCCUCUCUUUCUUUCUUCAAGCUGCUGCUUGCAUCGGGGAAAACGAGCAAAAUGAGUAUGCGUUCACACGAACUGUUCUGUUCCAUCUGUGUUUCGGUAGUUUCGUGGCCUUCGUUUUUUUACCUCAAGAAGCUUGACUCCCGAGUUUGUUGCAUACUUGUGUGGUGUCUCCUUUACAAAAAGCAAGUCGGAAGAUUGUACUCGGCGCAAAUCGCAAUGCACAAAAAUGCAAGGGGGAUACGGGAGUCCUUUUAUAUAGUAUACAUCUUUCGUGGUUUGCAGAGUUUAAUGUAAUUUUGUAAUUGGAGCGAGCUGAAAACCGUGCUUCGAAGUGCUUACCGCGCCGCAGCUGACGCGGAGUGUUGCUCUGUUGGGGUUUUGAGCGACGGUGCGUUGGUGGAACUGUGCGACAGGACACUGAUGCGUGCUCUCCUUGUUACCGCUUUCCAAGAGGGCUGUCGCGUACGUGCCAGCGUCCGCUGCCUGCCUGCCUAUCGGUUCUCCUGCCACGGCAUCUCUUCCUGUUGUCUUGCUUGUGCAUGAGAGUGCGAUGCUUUUUUGUACAUAAUAUAUAUAAAUAUAUAUAUAAACAAAUAUAUAUAUAUAUAUAUGCGGGUUUGUAUUACAUGCACAGCUAUUAAAAUGUGUUUUGAUGUCA